GCCGAGGCGGUUUGACCGUUGCCUGUACCCGCACCGGAAGUUGUCGCCAACUCCUUGGAGAUGGUGAUGGAGAAAUACCAAAAGAUGAAGGUGGUGGGACGGGGAGCUUUCGGUAUUGUCCAUCUAUGUUUGCGGAAGGCUGACCAAAAACUGGUGAUCCUCAAACAGAUUCCUGUGGAGCAGAUGACUAAAGAUGAGAGACUGGCUGCUCAGAAUGAAUGCCAAGUGCUGAAGCUCCUCAACCAUCCAAACAUAAUUGAAUACUAUGAAAACUUCCUAGAGGACAAGGCACUGAUGAUAGCCAUGGAAUACGCGCCAGGAGGUACUUUGGCUGACUAUAUCCAGAAGCGCAACUCAUUGUUAGAUGAAGAGACCAUCUUGCACUUCUUUGUACAGAUCCUUUUGGCCCUCCAUCAUGUGCAUAACAAACUUAUUCUGCACCGUGAUCUGAAAACACAGAAUAUUCUACUUGAUAAGUAUCAAAUGAUAGUGAAGAUCGGUGAUUUUGGUAUCUCGAAGAUUCUAAGCAGCAAAAGUAAAGCCUACACAGUGGUGGGAACUCCAUGUUACAUCUCUCCAGAACUGUGCGAAGGAAAGCCAUACAACCAAAAGAGUGAUAUCUGGGCAUUGGGCUGUGUUUUAUAUGAGCUGGCCAGUUUGAAGAGGGCUUUUGAAGCUGCUAAUCUGCCAGCUCUGGUGCUGAAGAUCAUGAGUGGUACAUUUGCCCCCAUAUCUGACCAGUACAGUCCCGAGCUGCGCCAGCUGAUUUUGAGCAUGUUGAGCCUCGACCCAUCCAAACGCCCUCAACUCAGUGAGAUAAUGGCUCAGCCGAUUUGCAUCCGGGCUCUUCUGAAUCUCUACACUGACAUUGGCAGUGUCAAGAUGAGGAGAAUUGAAAAGCCGUUAUCGACAGUAGCUCCUGCUUCACACAGGCGGACUGGUGGGAGGGUGAACAGUGCUAGGUCAAGAGGUGGAUUCCUUUUAAACUCCACUAAGUCAGGGAUACCUCUUCCCCUUUCUACUGUGUAUACUUGGGGGAGUGGAAUCAUUUCUCCUCUCAGGCUGCCAAUGCUCAACACUGAGGUAGUACAGGUCUCUGCUGGGAGAACUCAAAAGGCAGGAGUGACCAGAUCAGGACGACUUAUCAUGUGGGAGGCUCCUCCUGUAGGCACUGGAGAUGUAUCUCUCCCUGGUUCCAUAGAACAGACCCAGCCCCAGUUUAUCUCUAGGUUUCUGGAAGGUCAGUCUGGAGUGGCAAUCAAGCAUGUCUCUUGUGGAGACCUUUUUACAGCGUGUCUUACAGACAGAGGGAUAAUAAUGUCAUUUGGAAAUGGUAGCAAUGGUUGUUUAGGUCACGGCACUUUCAAUGAUGUGACACAGCCCAAAAUUGUUGAGGCACUGCUCGGAUAUGAGAUUGCCCAGGUUUCGUGUGGGGCAUCACAUGUUUUGGUGGUAACCAAUGACCGUGAAGUGUUCUCUUGGGGAAGAGGAGACAAUGGUCGCCUUGGUUUGGAAUCUCAGGAGUCACACAAUUCUCCUCAGCAAGUGUGUGUACUGGCAGAACAUGAAGCCCAGAAAGUUUUGUGUGGAAUUGACUGUUCGAUGAUUCUCACAACACAAAAUCACAUUUUAGCUUGUGGGAGUAACAGAUUUAACAAACUUGGCUUGGAUAAAUUAACUGCAGCUGAGGAUUUUCAUGCCUCUAAUCAAGUUGAAGAAGUUCAUGUUUUCACUCCUGUGCAAUCAUUCCCCCUUAAUGAAGGGAAUAUUGUGCAUGUAGACGUAGGGACAGCACACUCUGCAGCAAUAACAGAAACUGGGGAAUGUUAUACAUUUGGCAGUAAUCAACACGGACAACUAGGCACCAACACACGUCACAAUAAUCGAUUGCCGUAUUUGGUCUCUAACCUGUGUGGGGUAAAGGUUACCAUGGUUGCUUGUGGUGAUGCUUUCACAGUUGCAAUUGGAGCAGAAGGAGAAAUUUAUACAUGGGGAAAGGGUGCCAGAGGAAGACUGGGAAGGAAAGAAGAAGACACUGGGAUACCUAAGCAAGUACACCUGGAUGAAAGUAAUCCCUAUUUUGUUACCUCUGUUGCGUGUUGUCAUGGAAACACAUUGCUUGCAGUAAAACCUUUGGGUGAUGAAGCCAUUCCAAGAUAACCUGAAGUAAUCAGCUUGUAGCUGUUCCGUUUUCUUCGGAUCAGAGAAUGGCUGAACAUAAGGCAAUGCAGAAGAAAAGACAACUAAUGAAAACCAAUGGGCAUGCUUCUUCAGCACUCUUAUGUAAAUGCCACAGUAUUACUGGCAUUGUUGACAUUUAGGAAUAGACAUUGAGUAGCCAGAUAUUCGCAUUCCCAUAUCUUCACAUUCUGUUCUGAUGGCAAAAAUCCUUACUAUAAGUCUGUAAGUUCCUAAUACUACACUGUAUUUUGCUAAAUGGUUCUUAAUGAGCGUUUAGACCACAAAAUGCCUUCAGUUGUCACAUACUGCACUUUACUAUUCAUAUGUUAAAAUAUUCUCAGCAUUUGGAGAUUUGUCUGCAAAUUGAGUCUCCUAUUAAUCCCUUUGUGUUUUGGUUUACUGCUAAUGUGAGAGUUAAGUGCAACCAGAUUUGUGAUUCGUUAGUAGUGCCAGGUAUUCAGUGCAGUAGUAAGCAUGAUGAUAUGGAAUAAAGAACCAGGGGAAGUAGCUGCAAAUUAAAUCUUGCAUAGACAUUUGUAAUUUUCUAGUUUAUUAUGACAUUUUCUGGGACUUCUUCCAAGCUUUUUUUUGCAAUUAAUUUGGGUAGAAAAUCCAACAGCUUUCAUAGUUGCCACUGAAAGCCACUAAUAAAUGUAUUUGUUCAACUGCUCACGUUAGCCUUCAUAGUUUGCAUUUUGACAUGGUCUGUGAUGGGUUGCUUCCACACACCAACAGUAUUAAAGACCACCCCUGAGCACCAAACCAUCAUCUC